AUGUAUUUACUUAAAUGGGUAAUUGGCUUGGCUUUGCUGUGCACAGCAUACGCAUCAGAUCCCUUGAUUGUUGAGAUUGCGAAUGGAAAACUCCUUGGAAAGGAUAAUGGCCACUACUACAGCUACGAAUCGAUUCCCUACGCUGAACCUCCGAUCGGUGAACUUCGCUUUGAAGCUCCACAACCAUACAGUAAUCAAUGGAUAGAUAUUUUUGAUGCCACAAAUCCACCAGCAGUCUGCAUGCAAUGGAACCAGUUUACAGCCGAAAAACUGCAGGGAGUAGAGGAUUGCUUGACCGUUAGCAUCUACAAGCCGAAGGAUCAUAAUCGAGACAGCUUUCCUGUGGUGGCUCAAAUUCCUGGCGGAGGCUUUAUGUCCGGUGGAGCAGCUGUGAAUGGACAUGAGUUUCUAAUGCGUGAGGGAAAUUUACUGGUGGUGAAAAUUAACUAUCGGGUUGGACCUUUGGGUUUCGCAAGCACGGGAGAUAUUGAUUUGCCAGGAAACUAUGGACUGAAAGAUCAAAGGCUCGCUUUACAAUGGAUCAAACAGAACAUCGAAAACUUUGGUGGCAUGCCGGAGAAUAUUGUGGUCGUUGGUCACUCAGCUGGUGGUGCCUCAACUCAUUUGCAGCUCCUGCACGAGGAUUUUAGUCAACUGGCCAGAGCAGCCGUAUCUAUGAGCGGUAAUGCAUUGAAUCCUUGGAUUAUCCAUCGGGAUCACCGAAGGAAAGCCUUUGAACUGGGUCGCAUCGUUGGCUGUGGCCAGCUGAAGGAUUCUGCGGAGCUGAAGAAUUGCCUAAAGUCCAAACCGGCUAGAGAAAUAGUCUCUGCAGUGCAAAGCUUUUUAAUAUUUGCGUAUGUGCCCUUUGCCCCCUUUGGACCUGUUUUGGAGCCAGAAGAUGCUCCAGAUGCCUUCCUUACUCAAGAUCCCGCUGAGGUGAUUAAAAGUGGGAAGUUCGCUCACGUUCCAUGGACUGUGACGCACACCUCUGAGGAUGGUGGAUUCAAUGCCGCUCAGCUGUUGGAAAGAAACCAAACAACCGGGCAGACAUUGAUUGAUAUACUCAACGAUCGCUGGUUUGACUGGGCCCCUUACUUCCUCUUCUAUCUGGAUUCAAAGAGGACUGUUGAUGAAAUGGAUGAGUUCUCGAGCGAACUUAGGCAGCAAUAUUUGGGAGAUCGAAGAUUCAGUGAGGAAAGUUAUUGGGAUGUGCAGCGAAUGUUUACUGAUAUUCUUUUUAAAAACGGAGUUAAAGCUUCAGUAGAGCUUCACAGGAAAUAUGGCCAGAGUCCUGUAUAUUCGAUGGUUUACAACAAUCCUGCUGUUAAUGGAGUAGCUCAGGUGCUUUCCAACCGCACUGAUUUGUUUUUUGGUGCCGUUCACGGAGAUGACUUCUUCUUAAUCUUUGAUAUUGGUGCCCUGCGUCCAGUUAUUCGUCCUGAUGAAGAAGUUAUCUCAAAAACAUAUAUAAAGAUGCUUGAGGAUUUUGCUCUUGGUGAUAAUGGAAGUCCAACGUUUGGGCAAUGCAUAUUACAGAAUAAUGCAAACAGCGAGCAAUACCAAGUGCUUCGAAUAACACAAAAUGGUUGCACGAACGAGCAAUAUGAUCAGUUUCCCUAA